AGGCCAGUGGCGGGAUUGGCAGAGGGGGGUGGCGGAGAUGGAGUGGUUGGAAUGGUGAAUGAGUCUGGCAGCCGUAUUCAGGAUGGACUGAAGCGGGGAUAGCCAGCGGCGAGGCAGGCCAGUGAGGAGGGAGUUGCAGUAGUCAAGUCGUGAUAUGAUGAGGGAGUGGAUGAGUUGUUUAGUGGUUUCUGGGGUUAGGAAUGUGCGGAUUUUGGCGAUGUUGCGGAGGUGGAGUCUGCACGAGUUUGUUAAAGAUUGGACUUGGGGCUGGAAGGAUAGAUUGGAGUCCAGAAUGACACCCAGUACUCUGGCCUGCGGGGCGGGUUUGAUGGUGGUGUUGUUGGAUGUGAUGGAGAAGUCAAUGGGGGGUGGUGUCCGGGCUGGGGGGAAGACCAGGAGCUCGGUUUUGGAGAGGUUCAGUUUAAGGAAGUGGAGUGAC